AUGUAUUUUGAAAAUAUUACCGAAAAUGAUUUAUCAAUAUCAUCAACUGUUUUAGGAGUAAAUUCUGUUUACAAUAUAUCAACUAUUUGUGAUGUAUCUAAUUUAAUUCAAUCAUUUUGGUCACUUUCAAUUAAUUCUAGUUUUAUAAAUGUUAUUCUUAAAGGUGAAUGUUUUAUAGCUUCUAUUGCAUUGGAAAAAAAAUUACAAAAAUGUUUUUGGUGUACUAAGACAACAAAAAUAAUUGAAAAUUUUAAAAAUUGGAAUGAAUCAAAUUUUACAAUAUAUUUUCCAUUUGAAUAUAUAUUAAUAGUACUAAUAGUGAUUAUUUUGAUAUUUUUUGCAAUUACAAUAACUUUAUUAAAUUUACUUAUCAAAGACAAACUUUCAGAUAACAUUUGUAUAAGUAUGAAAAGUUAUAAAAUUCAAAAUUAUAAUAUUACUAUGACAACAGAUUCAAAAUUUAAUAAAUUAUUUUUCAAAGAUAAUUUUAAAGAAUCAUCCAAAAAAGAAGAUAUUUUAAUUAAACAUAACACAAAAAAUGUUAAAACAUGUUUAAAGAAUUAUUCUUUGAAUCAGGACAUUUCAACAUCAAUAUUAAAACCUUAUAUUUCUACACAAAAUGUAUACCAACAAAAGUCUAUAUCUAAUGAUAAGAAAUUUUUACCAAAAAUUCAAUUUAAUGAAUCAAUAAAAUCAAGUAAUUCACGAGUUCAAUCGUGGAUUAAUUAUCGUGAAAUGUGGAAUACAAAUAUAUAUUGUAAUACAUCUCCAACAAAAUUUAAUGAAACAGGAACAUCAUUAUUUGGUGGUGCUGUUGGAUAUUCAGAUACACCAAUUUCUAGUAGAAAUGUGUUAAAUAAUUACUUUUAA